AUGUCAUCUCCUACUGCGCCCUGCCUCUUGGCAAACUACUCCAUAGAGCGCCACGAUGUGCAAGUUCAUAAAGUUGAUGAGUAUCUGCAGCAUCUCCAGCUCUCUGAUGAGACGUUAAUGGAUCUAUCAAUGCGUUUUCGCCGUGAAAUGGACAAAGGGCUAUGUCGUGAUACAAACCCCACAGCAGCUGUCAAGAUGCUGCCUACAUUUGUUCGCUCUACACCCGAUGGAACUGAACAAGGAGAGUUUCUGUCGUUAGAUCUCGGGGGUUCAAAUUUCAGAGUGUUGUUAGUCAAAGUGCUGUCGGGUGAGAAUCACCGAGUGGAGAUGGAAAGUGAGAUUUGUGUCAUUCCUGAAGACGUCAUGAGAGGCAGUGGCUCUGAGUUUUUUGACCACAUUGCAGCUUGUCUGGCUCAGUUUUUGGAGAAAAUGGGCAUAAAAGACAAAAAGCUUCCUCUGGGCUUCACCUUUUCGUUUCCCUGUCAGCAAACUAAAAUGGAUGAGGCUGUCCUCAUGUCGUGGACAAAAGGCUUCAAGCCAACUGGGGUGGAGGGGAUGGAGGUCGUCAGUCUGCUGAGGAAGGCCAUCAAAAAGAGAGGAGAUUUUGACAUUGACAUUGUUGCAGUAAUUAACGACACAGUGGGAGCCAUGAUGACCUGUGGCUAUGACGACCAGCACUGUGAGAUUGGACUCAUUGUAGGCACUGGAACAAAUGCUUGUUACAUGGAGCAAAUGCGUCACCUGGAGGUGCUGGACGGAGACGAGGGCCGCAUGUGCGUGAACACGGAAUGGGGAGCGUUUGGAGACGAUGGAGCGCUGGACGAUUUGAGAACAGACAUCGACAGAGAGAUAGACGCUGGCUCUCUCAACCCGGGACAGCAGCUGUUUGAGAAAAUGAUCAGUGGAAUGUACAUGGGGGAGCUGGUGCGCCUCUGCCUGGUGAAAAUGACCAGACAGGGGCUCCUAUUUCAAGGCCGUGCGACUCCACAGCUCCUCACCUCUGGACACUUCAAAACCAGCGAUGUUUACGCCAUCGAGAAUGAGAGUCAGGAGGAAGGUCUGGCAGAGGCAGAGAGGGUCCUUCUGGGUUUUGGUCUGAAUCCUUCUCUUGAAGACUGCAUCGGGACACAGCGGGUCUGUGAAAUUAUCUCCACACGGGCGGCACAUUUAGUCGCUUCUACACUUGCUUCCAUCCUGCGACAAAUUCGAGACAAUAAGGCAGCAGAGAAAUUGAGAACUACGGUCGGAGUAGAUGGAUCUGUGUACAAGAAUCAUCCACAGUUUGCUAGAAGGCUCCAUAAGAUGGUCCGCCGGCUCGUGCCUGACGUGGACAUGCGCUUCCUCCAGUCGCAGGACGGCAGUGGAAAAGGCGCGGCGAUGGUGACUGCUGUGGCGUACAGAUUAGAAGUGCAACAAGCUGAACAGAAACGUAUCUUGGACACACUGCGUUUGAGUCGCGGGCAGCUGUUGGAAGUGAAGGAUCGAAUGAGUGACGCCAUGUCGAAAGGCCUGUCCAGGGACACGCAUCAACAAGCCAGUGUCAAGAUGCUGCCUUCAUUUGUCCGCUCGACACCCAAUGGGACAGAAAAUGGGGAUUUCUUAGCGUUGGAUCUUGGCGGUUCUAGUUUUCGCAUACUGUUGGUCCGAGUACGAGUUGGAACAAAACACAAUGUGGAAAUGAACCAAAAAAUAUACAGCGUGCCACAGGAGAUCAUGCAAAGCACCGGAGAAGAGCUUUUUGACCACAUAGUAUCUUGCAUGGCUGACUUCCUGGAGUACAAGGGGAUGAAAGGGGCGUCUUUGCCGCUUGGAUUUACUUUCUCCUUCCCUUGUGUUCAAAGCAAAUUGGACGAGGGCAUUCUUCUUAACUGGACAAAAGGGUUUAACGCUACUGGAUGUAUAGGUCGAGACGUGGUGACAUUACUGAAAGAAGCAGUUUGCCGAAGACAGGACUUUGAUUUGAGUUUUGUGGCAGUGGUGAAUGACACAGUUGGGACGAUGAUGACCUGCGGAUAUGAGGAUCCUCAGUGUGAACUGGGACUUAUUGUGGGCACUGGAACAAAUGCCUGUUACAUGGAGGAAAUGAAGAACAUUGAGUGCAUUGAGGGAGAUGAGGGCCUUAUGUGCGUGAACAUGGAGUGGGGGGGCUUUGGGGAUAAUGGUGAACUCGACGACUUUUCCACAGACUUUGACCGUAUUGUGGAUGAAGCCUCCACCACACCUGGAAAACAGAGGUACGAGAAGAUGAUCAGCGGCAUGUACCUGGGGGAGAUUGUGAGGAAUGUCUUGAUAGAGUUCACCAAAAAAGGGCUGUUGUACCGCGGAAAAGUCUUAGAACGACUCCAGACUCGCGGCAUCUUUGAGACCAAGUUUCUGUCGCAGAUCGAAAGCGACCGCUUGGCCAUGAGACAGGUGCGCACCAUCUUGCAGCACGUGGGUCUGACCGCCUCCACGUGUGAUGACAGCGUUUUGGUCAAAGAGGUCUGUACAGUUGUGGCACGGAGGGCUGCUCAGCUCUGCGGGGCCGGACUUGCCGCCGUUGUGGAGAAAAUCAGAGAAAAUCGAAACCUUAACCAGCUUUCUGUCAGCGUGGGAGUGGAUGGCACGCUGUACAAGACACAUCCGCAGUAA